GAAAACCGAAAGCCAAAUGAAGAAAAGCUGCGCAGAUGUUCAGCUCUAUUCCACGUGUUACAAUCUUAUCUAGAACCUACAGACAGACAGAGAACACUGUUCUGCACUGAUUUCAGCAUCUGCUGCUCAUUUUAUCAACAUCUGGAGAACCUUCAGACACCAUGUGUUCCACGCAGAACCAGAAGUGAUGCUGAGACAGAAGAAGAAAAGAUGGUGAGCCAAGCCACUGGAGUUAGUUCUGUUAGAUUGAUGCCCUGUGUGAACUUGCCUUUCUGAAACGAUGGCAGAGUAUCAGAAAGUUGAAACCUCUGAAAUUGGACUCCUCCAGAAGCACUCUGAGAGUGAAAGGACUAAGGAGAGAUCAACAUCCCCUGUGUCGAGUUCUGUGUCCGUGACGACUAACCGAUCAGGGGCUGAGCCUCCCAACUUACAAGAGGGAUCUGUUCCUCAGGAAAGGACUAAGGAGAGAUCAACAUCCCCUGUGUCAAGUUCUGUGUCCGUGACGACUAACCGAUCAGGGGCUGAGCCUCCCAAAUUACAAGAGGGAUCUGUUCCUCAGGAAAGAGAAACUCAGAAGAGAUCAGAUGCCCCUUUGUCCAGCUGUGUGUCGUUGAAGAAUAACCGGUCACUACCAGAGCCUCCAAACCUCACAGAGGGAUCCAUCUCUCAAGAAAGAUAUCAAUCAGGGUCAAAGUCAAGGGGCAAGCUUCAAAAGAAGAUUGAUGAUCUCUUCAACAUCUUUGAUGCACUUGAGAGAAAAAUAAUUGGGCUUGUAAAGCACGAGCUGGAAAUGUAUAAGAAACUUCUGAGAAGGCAAAACACAAAGUAUAAUAGAAAAGUCGAGCAAAGCAAAGGGAGUUUAAGACAUGAAGUUCUUAAUAUCACGGUGUCCUUCCUGAGGGAUAUGGAGCACGAGGACCUCGCUGAUGCACUGCAAAAUGAGAUGAUUGAAUUAAUACAGCGUCCACUCAAAAAAAGAAUGAAGGAGAAGUGUCUUCAUGUAUAUGAAGGAAUUGCAAAGCAAGGAGAAUCCACCAGUCUAAACACCAUCUACACAGAUCUGUACAUCACUGAAGGUGGAGCUGGACAGGUCAACAAAGAACAUGAAGUGAGACUCAUUGAGAAGAACAAUGUAAGAAGAGACACAAAUCAAAUGGAGCAAGAGGUGCAGAUCACAUGCGUGGACAUGUUUAAACCUCUACCUGAAGAAGACAAACCCAUCAGAACUGUUCUGACCCAGGGGGUUGCAGGUAUCGGAAAAUCAAUCUGUGUGCAGAAGUUUAUUUUGGACUGGGCUGAAGGUAUAAAAUAUCAGGACAUCCAGUUAAUCUUCCCUCUUCCCUUCCGAGAACUGAACCUGAAGAAGAAAGGAAGACACAGUUUGAUGGACAUCAUCUAUUUAUUUUUCCCAGAGACAAAAGGACUGAGAUUAUCAGAUCAGAAUAAUGUCCUGUUCAUCUUCGAUGGACUGGAUGAAUGUCAGCUUCCUUUAGCAUUUCAGAAAAAUGAAAUUCUGAAUAAUGUCUCAACAUCAGCCCCACUGGACGCUGUGUUGACGAACCUCAUCAAGGGGAAUCUGCUGCCCUCUGCUCUGAUCUGGAUAACCACUAGACCAGCAGCCACCAGUAAGAUCCCUGCUGAGUGUAUCGACCGAGUCACAGAGGUGCGCGGCUUCAAUGAUGAGCAGAAAGAGGAAUAUUUCAGAAAGAGAAUCGGUGAUCAGGACCUGGCCAGCAAAAUAAUUGAUCACAUCAAAGAGUCAAGAAGCCUCCACAUCAUGUGCCACAUCCCCGUCUUCUGCUGGAUCUCAGCCACUGUACUUCAGAGGAUUCUGGAAGAAACAGACAGUGAAGAAACACCAAAGACCCUGACACAAAUGUACACCUGCUUUCUGAUCUACCAGACCAUACAGGGGAAUGUGAAGUACACAGGUAAAAAUGCCUUGGACAUACCGUGGGAUAAAGAGGGGAUUCAUUCACUGGGAAAGCUGGCUUUUCAGCACCUGAAAGAAAACAGCCUGAUCUUCUAUUCUACUGAUCUAGACACCUGUGGCAUUGACCCCAGUAAGAUAUCAGUGUACUCAGGACUGUGCACUCAGGAGACAGUCAGAUUUCAGGACACAGUUUACAGCUUUGUACAUCUGAGCAUUCAAGAGUUCCUUGCUGCUGUAUUUGGGUACAUUUCUCUCAGAAAUAACCAGAAGAAUGUUUUAGACCAUCAGUCUGAAUCACAGGAGAGCAAAAAAACAGAAGUCAUUGAUUUCCUCAAGACUGCAGUAGACGAGGCUUUGAAGAGUGACCAUGGACAUCUGGACCUUUUCCUUCGCUUCCUUCUGGGUCUCUCACUGGAAUCUAAUGAGAAGCUCAUUCAAGGUCUGCUGACCCAGAAAGGAAGCAGGUCUGACUGCCAGAAGGACAUAGUUGAGUACAUCAAGUUAAAGUUUAAGGAAAAUCCAUCUCCAGAGAGAUCAAUCAAUCUUUUCUACUGUCUGAAUGAGUUAAACGAUGAUUCUCUAGUGAAGGAGAUCCAGAGUUACAUGAACUCAGGACGUCUCUCUGAAGCUGAACUCUCACCUGCACAGUGGUCAGCUCUGGUCUUUGUCCUGCUGACAUCAAAGGAGAAGCUGGAAGUGUUUGACUUAAAGAAGUUCAUCAGAUCAGAUGAGUGUCUUAUCAGACUGCAGUCGGUGCUCAAGGAAGCCACGUCAGCUCUGCUGUGUGCGUGUAACCUGACAAAGAGAAGCUGUUCAGCUCUGAGUAAAGUUCUCAGCUCUAAAUCCUCUAAGCUGACUUUGCUGGAUCUGAGCGGGAAUCCUAUAGAGGACAGAGGAGUAGAGCUGCUCUCAGCUGGACUGGAGAGUGCAAACUGUAAACUGGAGACACUGAGCCUUUCAUUCUGCAGUAUAACAGAGGAAGGAUAUGCUGCACUGGCAUCAGCUUUGAAAUCAAACCCCUCAUCACACCUGAUAGAGCUGGAUCUCAGUGGAAACAAUCCUGGAGAUACAGGAGUGAAGAAGCUCAUUAAUCUACCGGAUGAUCCAAACAGUAACCUGAAGAAACUGAGGCUCCUGAAGAGUUCUACUGCUGAAGAAGCCUGUGAUUCUCUGACUAAAGUUCUAGGAAUCAACCCCUUACUGCUGAGAGAGCUGGACCUGAGUGGGAAAUUACAAGGAGAUUCAGAAAUGAAGAAGAUCUCUGAUCUACUGGAGGAUUCACACUGCAGACCUAACAAACUUCUGCUGAAUAAGUGCAGUAUUACAGAGGAAGGCUGUGCUGCUCUGUCAUCAGCUCUUUGUUCAAAUCCUUCACACCUGAUAGAGCUGGAUCUGAGUGAGAAUCAACUAGGAACCUCUGGAGUGAAGAAGAUCUGUGAAAUGUUGAAGAAUCCUCAAUCUGUGCUACAGAAGCUACAACUUUCAUCCUGCAGUAUAACAGAGGAAGGAUAUGUUGCUCUGGCAUCAGCUUUGAAAUCAAACCCAUCAUCACACCUGAUAGAGCUGGAUCUCAGUGGAAACGAUCCUGGAGAUACAGGAGUGCAGAAACUCAUUGAUCUGCUUGAUGAUCCAAACAGUAACCUGAAGAAACUGAGGCUAUUGAAGAGUUCUACUGCUGAAGAAGCCUGUGAAUCUCUGACUAAAGUUCUAGGAAUCAACCCCUUACUGCUGAGAGAGCUGGACCUGAGUGGGAAAUUACAAGGAGAUUCAGAAAUAAAGAAGAUCUCUGAUCUACUGGAGGAUUCACACUGCAGACCUAAAAAACUUCUGAUGAAUAAGUGCAGUAUUACAGAGGAAGGCUGUGCUGCUCUGUCAUCAGCUCUUUGUUCAAAUCCUUCACACCUAAUAGAGCUGGAUCUGAGUGACAAUCAACUAGGAACCUCUGGAGUGAAGAAGAUCUGUAAAAUGUUGAAGAAUCCUCAAUCUGUGCUACAUAAGCUACAACUUUCAUUCUGCAGUAUAACAGAGGAAGGAUAUUCUGCACUGGCAUCAGCUUUGAAAUCAAACCUCUCAUCACACCUGAUAGAGCUGGAUCUCACUGGAAACGAUCCUGGAGAUACAGGAGUGCAGAAGCUCAUUAAUCUACCGGAUGAUCCAAACAGUAACCUGAAGAAACUGAGGCUAUUGAAGAGUUCUACUGCUGAAGAAGCCUGUGAUUCUCUGACUAACGUUCUAGGAAUCAACCCCUUACUGCUGAGAGAGCUGGACCUGAGUGGGAAAUUACAAGGAGAUUCAGAAAUGAAGAAGAUCUCUGAUCUACUGGAGGAUUCACACUGCAGACCUAACAAACUUCUGCUGAAUAAGUGCAGAAUUACAAAGAAAGGCUGUGCUGCUCUGUCAUCAGCUCUUUGUUCAAAUCCUUCACACCUGAUAGAGCUGGAUCUGAGUGACAAUCAACUAGGAACCUCUGGAGUGAAGAAGAUCUGUGAAAUGUUGAAGAAUCCUCAAUCUUUGCUACAGAAGCUACAACUUUCAUUCUGUAGUAUAACAGAGGAAGGAUAUUCUGCACUGGCAUCAGCUUUGAAAUCAAACCCCUCAUCACACCUGAUAGAGCUGGAUCUCAGUGGAAAUGAUCCUGGAGAUACAGGAGUGCAGGAGCUCAUUAAUCUACUAGAUGACCCAAACAGUAACCUGAAGAAACUGAGGCUAUUGAAGAGUUCUACUGCUGAAGAAGCCUGUGAUUCUCUGACUAAAGUUCUAGGAAUCAACCCCUUACUGCUGAGAGAGCUGGACCUGAGUGGGAAAUUACAAGGAGAUUCAGAAAUGAAGAAGAUCUCUGAUCUACUGGAGGAUUCACACUGCAGACCCAACAAACUUCUGCUGAAUAAGUGCAGUAUUACAGAGGAAGGCUGUGCUGCUCUGUCAUCAGCUCUUUGUUCAAAUCUUUCACACCUGAUAGAGCUGGAUCUGAGUGACAAUCAACUAGGAACCUCUGGAGUGAAGAAGAUCUGUGAAAUGUUGAAGAAUCCUCAAUCUGUGCUACAGAAGCUACAACUUUCAUUCUGCAGUAUAACAGAGGAAGGAUAUGCUGCACUGGCAUCAGCUUUGAAAUCAAACCCCUCAUUACACCCAGUAGAGCUGGAUCUCAGUGGAAAUGAUCCUGGAGAUACAGGAGUGCAGGAGCUCAUUAAUCUGCUGGAUGAUCCAAACCGUAACUUGAAGAAACUGAGGCUACUGAAGAGUUCUACUGCUGAAGAAGCCUGUGAUUCUGUGACUAAAGUUCUAGGAAUUAACCCCUUACUGCUGAGAGAACUGGACCUGAGUGGGAAAUUACAAGGAGAUUCAGAAAUGAAGAAGAUCUCUGAUCUACUGCAGGAUUCACACUGCAGACCUAACAAACUUCUGCUGAAUAAGUGCAGUAUUACAGAGGAAGGCUGUGCUGCUCUGUCAUCAGCUCUUUGUUCAAAUCUUUCACACCUGAUAGAGCUGGAUCUGAGUGACAAUCAACUAGGAACCUCUGGAGUGAAGAAGAUCUGUGAAAUGUUGAAGAAUCCUCAAUCUGUGCUACAGAAGCUACAACUUUCAUUCUGCAGUAUAACAGAGGAAGGAUAUGCUGCACUGGCAUCAGCUUUGAAAUCAAACCCCUCAUUACACCCAGUAGAGCUGGAUCUCAGUGGAAAUGAUCCUGGAGAUACAGGAGUGCAGGAGCUCAUUAAUCUGCUGGAUGAUCCAAACCGUAACUUGAAGAAACUGAGGCUACUGAAGAGUUCUACUGCUGAAGAAGCCUGUGAUUCUGUGACUAAAGUUCUAGGAAUUAACCCCUUACUGCUGAGAGAACUGGACCUGAGUGGGAAAUUACAAGGAGAUUCAGAAAUGAAGAAGAUCUCUGAUCUACUGCAGGAUUCACACUGCAGACCUAACAAACUUCUGCUGAAUAAGUGCAGUAUUACAGAGGAAGGCUGUGCUGCUCUGUCAUCAGCUCUUUAUUCAAAUCCUUCACACCUGAUAGAGCUGGAUCUGAGUGAAAAUCAACUAGGAACGUCUGGAGUGAAGAAAAUCUGUGAAAUGUUGAAGAAUCCUCAAUCUUUGUUACAGAAGCUACAACUUUCAUUCUGCAGUAUAACAGAGGAAGGAUAUGCUGCUCUGGCAUCAGCUUUGAAAUCAAACCCCUCAUCACACCUGAUGGAGCUGGAUCUCAGUGGAAACGAUCCUGGAGAUACAGGAGUGCAGAAGCUCAUUAAUCUACAAGAUGGUCCAAACUGUAAACUGAAGAAACUGAGGCUAUUGAAGAGUUCUACUGCUGAAGAAGCCUGUGAUUCUCUGACUAAAGUUCUAGGAAUCAACCCCUUACUGCUGAGAGAACUGGACCUGAGUGGGAAAUUACAAGGAGAUACAGAAAUGAAGAAGAUCUCUGAUCUACUGGAGGAUUCACACUGCAGACCUAACAAACUUCGGCUGAAUAAGUGCAGUAUUACAGAGGAAGGCUGUGCUGCUCUGUCAUCAGCUCUUUAUUCAAAUCCUUCACACCUGAUAGAGCUGGAUCUGAGUGAGAAUCAACUAGGAACCUCUGGAGUGAAGAAGAUCUGUGAAAUGUUGAAGAAUCCUCAAUCUGUGCUACAGCAUUUGCAACUUUCAUUCUGCAGUAUAACAGAGGAAGGAUAUGCUGCUCUGGCAUCAGCUUUGAAAUCAAAGCCCUCAUCACACCUGAUGGAGCUGGAUCUCAGUGGAAAUGAUCCUGGAGAUACAGGAGUGAAGAAGCUCAUUAAUCUGCUGGAUGAUCCAAACAGUAAACUGAAGAAACUGAGGCUAUUGAAGAGUUCUACUGCUGAAGAAGCCUGUGAUUCUCUGACUAAAGUUCUAGGAAUCAACCCCUUACUGCUGAGAGAGCUGGACCUGAGUGGGAAAUUACAAGGAGAUUCAGAAAUGAAGAAGAUCUCUGAUCUACUGGAGGAUUCACACUGCAGACCCAACAAACUUCUGCUGAAUAAGUGCACUAUUACAAAGAAAGGCUGUCCUGCUCUGUCAUCAGCUCUUUGUUCAAAUCUUUCACACCUGAUAGAGCUGGAUCUCAGUGAGAAUCUACUAGGAAACUCUGGAGUGAAGAAGAUCUGUGAAAUGUUGAAGAAUCCUCAAUCUGUGCUACAGAAGCUACAACUUUCAUUCUGCAGUAUAACAGAGGAAGGAUAUGCUGCACUGGCAUCAGCUUUGAAAUCAAACCACUCAUCACACCUGAUGGAGCUGGAUCUCAGUGGAAACGAUCCUGGAGAUACAGGAGUGCAGAAGCUCAUUAAUCUACUAGCUGGUCCAAACUGUAAACUGAAGAAACUGAGGCUAUUGAAGAGCUCUACUGCUGAAGAAGCCUGUGAUUCUCUGACUAAAGUUCUAGGAAUCAACCCCUUACUGCUGAGAGAGCUGGACCUGAGUGGGAAAUUACAAGGAGAUUCAGAAAUGAAGAAGAUCUCUGAUCUACUGGAGGAUUCUCACUGCAGACCUAAAAAACUUCUGCUGAAUAUGUGCAGUAUUACAGAGGAAGGCUGUGCUGCUCUGUCAUCAGCUCUUUGUUCAAAUCCUUCACACCUGAUAGAGCUGGAUCUAAGUGAGAAUCUACUAGGAAACUCUGGAGUGAAGAAGAUCUGUGAAAUGUUGAAGAAUCCUCAAUCUGUGCUACAGAAGCUACAACUUUCAUUCUGCAGUAUAACAGAGGAAGGAUAUGCUGCACUGGCAUCAGCUUUGAAAUCAAACCCCUCAUCACACCUGAUGGAGCUGGAUCUCACUGGAAACGAUCCUGGAGAUACAGGAGUGCAGAAGAUCAUUAAACUACUAGAUGAUCCAAACAGUAAACUGAAGAAACUGAGGCUAUUGAAGAGUUCUACUGCAGAGGAAGUCUGUGAUUCUCUGACUAAAGUUCUAGGAAUCAACCCCUUACUGCUGAGAGAGCUGGACCUGAGUGGCAAAUUACAAGGAGAUUCAGAAAUGAAGAAGAUCUCUGAUCUACUGGAGGAUUCACACUGCAGACCCAACAAACUUCUGUUGAAUAAAAACAGUAUUACAAUGAAAGGCUGUGCUGCUCUGUCAUCAGCUCUUUGUUCAAAUCCUUCACACCUGAUUGAGCUGGAUCUGAGUGACAAUCUGCUAGGAACCUCUGGAGUGAAGAAGAUCUGUGAAAUGUUGAAGAAUCCUCAAUCUGUGCUACAGAAGCUACAACUUUCAUUCUGCAGUAUAACAGAGGAAGGAUAUGCUGCUCUGGGAUCAGCUUUGAAAUCAAACCGCUCAUCACACCUGAUAGAGCUGGAUAUCAGAGGGAACAAUCCUGGAGAUACAGGGGUGAAGAAGCUUGUUGAUCUACAAGAUGAUCCAAACAGUAACCUGAAGAAACUGAGAUAUCAAUCAGGGUCAAAGUCAAGGGGCAACCUUCAAAAGAAGAUUGAUGAUCUCUUCAAUGUCUUUGAUGCACUUGAGAGAAAAAUAAUUGGGCUUGUAAAGCACGAGCUGGAAAUGUAUAAGAAAAUUCUGAGAAGGCAAAACACCAAAUAUUAUAGAAAAGUCGAGCAAAGCAAAUGGGGUUUAAGACAUGAAGUUCUUAAUAUGACGGUGUCCUUCCUGAUGGAUAUGGAGCACGAGGACCUCGCUGAUGCACUGCAAAAUGAGCUGCUUGAAUUAAUACAGCGUCCACUCAAAAAAGGAAUGAAGGAGAAGUAUUUUCAUGUAUAUGAAGGAAUUGCAAAGCAAGGAGAAUCCACCAGUCUAAACACCAUCUACACAGAACUGUACAUCACUGAAAGUGGAGCUGGACAGGUCAACAAAGAACAUGAAGUGAGACUCACUGAGAAGAACAAUGUAACAAGACACACAAAUCAAAUGGAGCAAGAGAUGCAGAUCACAUGCAUGGACAUGUUUAAACCUCUACCUGAAGAAGACAAACCCAUCAGAACUGUUCUGACCCAGGGGGUUGCAGGUAUCGGAAAAUCAAUCUGUGUGCAGAAGUUUAUUUUGGACUGGGCUGAAGGUAUAAAAUAUCAGGACAUCCAGUUAAUCUUCCCACUUCCCUUCCGAGAACUGAACCUGAAGAAGAAAGGAACACACAGUUUGAUGGACAUCAUCUAUUUAUUUUUCCCAGAGACAAAAGGACUGAGAUUAUCAGAUCAGAAUAAUGUCCUAUUCAUCUUCGAUGGACUGGAUGAAUGUCAGCUUCCUUUAGCAUUUCAGAAAAAUGAAUUCUUGAAUAAUGUCUCAACAUCAGCCCCACUGGACGCUGUGAUGACGAACCUCAUCAAGGGGAAUCUGCUGCCCUCUGCUCUGAUCUGGAUAACCACUAGACCAGCAGCCACCAGUAAGAUCCCUGCUGAGUGUAUCGACCGAGUCACAAAGGUGCGCGGCUUCAAUGAUGAGCAGAAAGAGGAAUAUUUCAGAAAGAGAAUCAGUGAUCAGGACCUGACCAACAAAAUAAUUGAUCACAUCAAAGAGUCAAGAAGCCUCCACAUCAUGUGCCACAUCCCCGUCUUCUGCUGGAUCUCAGCCACUGUACUUCAGAGGAUUCUGGAAGAAACAGAGAGUGAAGAAACACCAAAGACCCUGACACAAAUGUACACCUGCUUUCUGAUCUACCAGACCAUACAGGGGAAUGUGAAGUACACAGGUAAAAAUGCCUUGGACAUACCGUGGGAUAAAGAGGGCAUGCACUCACUGGGAAACUUGGCUUUUCAGCACUUGGAAAAAAACAGCCUGAUCUUCUAUAGAGAGGAUCUAGAUGCAUGUAGCAUUGACCCCAGUAAGAUAUCAGUGUACUCAGGACUGUGCACUCAGGAGACAGUCAGAUUUCAGGACACAGUUUACAGCUUUGUACAUCUGAGCAUUCAAGAGUUCCUCGCUGCUGUAUUUGCGUACAUUUCUCUCAGAAAUAACCAGAAGAAUGUUUUAGACCAUGCGUCUGAAUCACAGGAGAGCAAAAAAACAGAACUCAUUGAUUUCCUCAAGACUGCAGUAGACAAGGCUUUGGAGAGUGACCAUGGACAUCUGGACCUUUUCCUUCGCUUCCUUCUGGGUCUCUCACUGGAGUCUAAUGAGAAGCUCAUUCGAGGUCUGCUGACCCAGAAAGGAAGCAGGUCUGACUGCCAGAAGGACAUAGUUGAGUACAUCAAGUCAAAGUUUAAGGAAAAUCCAUCUCCAGAGAGAUCAAUCAAUCUCUUCUACUGUCUGAAUGAGUUAAACGAUGAUUCUCUAGUGAAGGAGAUCCAGAGUCACAUGAACUCAGGACGUCUUUCUGAAGCUGAACUCUCACCUGCACAGUGGUCAGCUCUGGUCUUUGUCCUGCUGACAUCAAAGGAGAAGCUGGAAGUGUUUGACUUAAAGAAGUUCAUCACAUCAGAUGAGUGUCUUAUCAGACUGCAGUCUGUGCUCAAGGAAGCCACGUCAGCUCUGCUGAGUGAGUGUAACCUGACAAAGAGAAGCUGUUCAGCUCUGAGUAAAGUUCUCAGCUCUGAAUCCUCUAAGCUGACUUUGCUGGAUCUGAGCAGGAAUCCUAUACAGGACAGAGGAGUAGAGCUGCUCUCAGCUGGACUGGAGAGUGCAAACUGUAAACUGGAGACACUGAGACUUUCAUUCUGCAGUAUAACAGAGGAAGGAUAUGCUGCACUGGCAUCAGCUUUGAAAUCAAACCCCUCAUCACACCUGAUGGAGCUGGAUCUCAGUGGAAACGAUCCUGGUGAUACAGGAGUGCAGAAGCUCAUUAAUCUACUAGAUAAUCCAAACAGUAACCUGAAGAAACUGAGGCUAAUGAAGUGUUCUACUGCUGAAGAAGCCUGUGAUUCUCUGACUAAAGUUCUAGGAACAAACCCCUUACUGCUGAGAGAGCUGGACCUGAGUGGAAAAUUACAAGGAGAUUCAGAAAUAAAGAAGAUCUCUGAUCUACUGGAGGAUUCACACUGCAGACCUAACAAACUUCUGCUGAAUAAGUGCAGUAUUACAGAGGAAGGCUGUGCUGCUCUGUCAUCAGCUCUUUGUUCAAAUCCUUCACACCUGAUAGAGCUGGAUCUGAGUGAGAAUCAACUAGGAACCUCUGGAGUGAAGAAGAUCUGUGAAAUGUUGAAGAAUCCUCAAUCUGUGCUACAGAAGCUACAACUUUCAUUCUGCAGUAUAACAGAGGAAGGAUAUGCUGCACUGGCAUCAGCUUUGAAAUCAAACCAUUCAUCACACCUGAUGGAGCUGGAUCUCAGUGGAAACGAUCCUGGAGAUACAGGAGUGAAGAAGCUCAUUAAUCUGCUAGAUGAUCCAAACAGUAACCUGAAGAAACUGAGGCUACUGAAGAGUUCUACUGCUGAAGAAGUCUGUGAUUCUCUGACUAAAGUUCUAGGAAUCAACCCCUUACUGCUGAGAGAGCUGGACCUGAGUGGGAAAUUACAAGGAGAUUCAGAAAUGAAGAAGAUCUCUGAUCUACUGGAGGAUUCACACUGCAGACCUAACAAACUUCUGCUGAAUAAGUGCAGUAUUACAGAGGAAGGCUGUGCUGCUCUGUCAUCAGCUCUUUGUUCAAAUCCUUCACACCUGAUAGAGCUGGAUCUGAGUGAGAAUCAACUAGGAACCUCUGGAGUGAAGAAGAUCUGUGAAAUGUUGAAGAAUCCUCAAUCUGUGCUACAGAAGCUACAACUUUCAUUCUGCAGUAUAACAGAGGAGGGAUAUGCUGCACUGGCAUCAGCUUUGAAAUCAAACCCCUCAUCACACCUGAUGGAGCUGGAUCUCAGUGGAAACGAUCCUGGAGAUACAGGAGUGCAGAAGCUCAUUAAUCUACCGGAUGAUCCAAACAGUAACCUGAAGAACCUGAGGCUACUGAAGAGUUCUACUGCUGAAGAAGCCUGUGAUUCUCUGACUAAAGUUCUAGGAAUCAACCCCUUACUGCUGAGAGAGCUGGACCUGAGUGGAAAAUUACAAGGAGAUUCAGAAAUAAAGAAGAUCUCUGAUCUACUGGAGGAUUCACACUGCAGACCUAACAAACUUCUGCUGAAUAAGUGCAGUAUUACAGAGGAAGGCUGUGCUGCUCUGUCAUCAGCUCUUUGUUCAAAUCCUUCACACCUGAUAGAGCUGGAUCUGAGUGAGAAUCAACUAGGAACCUCUGGAGUGAAGAAGAUCUGUGAAAUGUUGAAGAAUCCUCAAUCUGUGCUACAGAGGCUACAACUUUCAUUCUGCAGUAUAACAGAGGAAGGAUAUGCUGCACUGGCAUCAGCUUUGAAAUCAAACCCCUCAUCACACCUGAUAGAGCUGGAUCUCAGUGGAAACGAUCCUGGAGAUACAGGAGUGAAGAAGCUCAUUAAUCUAUCGGAUGAUCCAAACAGUAACCUGAAGAAACUGAGGCUACUGAAGAGUUCUACUGCUGAAGAAGUCUGUGAUUCUCUGACUAAAGUUCUAGGAAUCAACCCCUUACUGCUGAGAGAGCUGGACCUGAGUGGGAAAUUACAAGGAGAUUCAGAAAUGAAGAAGAUCUCUGAUCUACUGGAGGAUUCACACUGCAGACCUAACAAACUUCUGCUGAAUAAGUGCAGUAUUACAGAGGAAGGCUGUGCUGCUCUGUCAUCAGCUCUUUGUUCAAAUCCUUCACACCUGAUAGAGCUGGAUCUGAGUGAGAAUCAACUAGGAACCUCUGGAGUGAAGAAGAUCUGUGAAAUGUUGAAGAAUCCUCAAUCUGUGCUACAGAGGCUACAACUUUCAUUCUGCAGUAUAACAGAGGAAGGAUAUGCUGCACUGGCAUCAGCUUUGAAAUCAAACCCCUCAUCACACCUGAUAGAGCUGGAUCUCAGUGGAAACGAUCCUGGAGAUACAGGAGUGAAGAAGCUCAUUAAUCUAUCGGAUGAUCCAAACAGUAACCUGAAGAAACUGAGGCUACUGAAGAGUUCUACUGCUGAAGAAGUCUGUGAUUCUCUGACUAAAGUUCUAGGAAUCAACCCCUUACUGCUGAGAGAGCUGGACCUGAGUGGGAAAUUACAAGGAGAUUCAGAAAUGAAGAAGAUCUCUGAUCUACUGGAGGAUUCACACUGCAGACCUAACAAACUUCUGCUGAAUAAGUGCAGUAUUACAGAGGAAGGCUGUGCUGCUCUGUCAUCAGCUCUUUGUUCAAAUCCUUCACACCUGAUAGAGCUGGAUCUGAGUGAGAAUCAACUAGGAACCUCUGGAGUGAAGAAGAUCUGUGAAAUGUUGAAGAAUCCUCAAUCUGUGCUACAGAGGCUACAACUUUCAUUCUGCAGUAUACCAGAGGAAGGAUAUGCUGCACUGGCAUCAGCUUUGACAUCAAACCCUUCAUCACACCUGAAAGAGCUGGAUCUCAGUGGAAACAAUCCUGGAGAUACAGGAGUGAAGAAGCUCAUUAAUCUACUAGAUGAUCCAAACAGUAACCUGAAGAAACUGAGGCUACUGAAGAGUUCUACUGCUGAAGAAGUCUGUGAUUCUCUGAGUAUAGUUUUAGGAAUCAACCCCUUACUGCUGAGAGAGCUGGACCUGAGUGGAAAAUUACAAGGAGAUUCAGAAAUGAAGAAGAUCUCUGAUCUACUGGAGGAUUCACACUGCAGACCUAACAAACUUCUGCUGAAUAAGUGCAGUAUUACAGAGGAAGGCUGUGCUGCUCUGUCAUCAGCUCUUUCUUCAAAUCCUUCACACCUGAUAGAGCUGGAUCUGAGUGAGAAUCAACUAGGAACCUCUGGAGUGAAGAAGAUCUGUGAAAUGUUGAAGAAUCCUCAAUCUGUGCUACAGAGGCUACAACUUUCAUUCUGCAGUAUAACAGAGGAAGGAUAUGCUGCACUGGCAUCAGCUUUGAAAUCAAACCCCUCAUCACACCUGAUGGAGCUGGAUCUCAGUGGAAACGAUCCUGGAGAUACAGGAGUGAAGAUGCUUGUUGAUCUACAAGAUGAUCCAAACAGUAACCUGAAGAAACUGAGGUUGUUAAACAGUUCAAUGGCAGAGAAAGCCUGUGAUUCUCUGACUAAAGUUCUAGGAAUCAACCCCUUACUGCUGAGAGAGCUGGACCUGAGUGGGAAAUUACAAGGAGAUUCAGAAAUGAAGAAGAUCUCUGAUCUACUGGAGGAUUCACACUGCAGACCUAACAAACUUCUGCUGAAUAAGUGCAGUAUUACAAAGAAAGGCUGUGCUGCUCUGUCAUCAGCUCUUUCGUCAAAUCCUUCACACCUGAUAGAGCUGGAUCUGAGUGAGAAUCAACUAGGAACCUCUGGAGUGAAGAAGAUCUGUUCACUGUUGAACAAUCACUACUGUAAACUGCAGAAUCUGGGACUUUCAUUCUGCAGUAUAACACAGGAAGGAUAUGCUGCUCUGGCUUCAUCUCUGAAAUCAAACCCCUCAUCGCAACUCAUAGAGCUGGAUCUCAGAGGGAACAAUCCUGGAGAUAGAGGAGUGAAGAUGCUCACUGAUCUACUAGAGGAUUCAAACUGUAAACUGAAGAAAACAAGAUUGCUGAACAGUUCUGCUGCAGAGGAAGUCUGUGAUUCCCUGACUAAAGUUCUAGGAAUAAACUCCUUACUGCUGAGUGAUCUGGAUCUUAGUGGGAAAAUACAAGGAAACUCAGAAAUGAAAAAGGUCUCUGACCUACUGGAGGAUUCACACUGCAGAACUCAGAAACUAAAGCUGAAUAAGUGCAGUAUUACAGAGGAAGGCUGUGCUGCUCUGUCAUCAGCUCUUUCUUCAAACCCUUCACACCUGAUAGAGCUGGAUCUGAGUGAGAAUCAACUAGGAGACUCUGGAGUGAAGAAGAUCUGUUCUCUACUGAGUAAUCAGGGUUGUAAACUAAUGAAAGUGGGACUUUCAUUCUGCAGUAUAACAGAGGAAGGAUAUGCUGCUCUGGCAUCAGCUUUGAAAUCAAACCGCUCAUCACACCUGAAAGAGCUGGAUCUCAGUGGAAACGAUCCUGGAGAUACAGGAGUGCAGAAGCUCAUUAAUCUACUAGAUGAUCCAAACAGUAACCUGAAGAAACUGAGGUUUCUGAAGGCUCCUGCUGCAGAGGAAAUGUGUGACUCUCUGACAAAAGUUGUAGGAACAAACCCCUUACUGCUGAGAGAGCUGGAUCUGAGUGGGAAAACACAAGGAGUUUCAGAGCUACAGCAGCUGUGUUCUUUACUGGAAGAUGCACACUGUAAAAUUGAAAAGCUUGGGCUCAGUAACUGUAGUCUAACCCUGGAAAGCUGUGCAGUUCUAGCCGGCAUUCUCAGUUUGGACUCCUCCCGUGUGAGAAAGAUGGACCUCAGCAACAACAAUCUUCAGGAUUCAGGAAUGCAGCACCUCACUGGUGGGCUGACUAAUGCAAACUGUAAACUGGAGAUUAUGAUGCUUCAAACAUGUGCCUUAACGAAGGAAAGCUGUUCAGCUCUAACUGAUGUUCUUAACUCAAAGUACUCACACAUGAAUGAGCUGGAUCUGAGCAAUAAUAAUCUGGAGGAUUCUGGAGUGCUGCAGCUCUCUGCUGGACUGAAGAAUCCACAUUCGUCACUCAAAAUAAUAAGACUGAGUAACAGCAGUAUAACAGAAGAUGGGUGUGGUGCUCUGGCUUCAGCAUUGAAAUCAAACCCAUCCCACUUAAUGGACCUGGAUCUGAGUGAGAAUAUUAUAGAAAACUCAGGAGUGAAGCAACUCUGUGAUCUACUAAUGAACUCAAACUGCAUGCUACAAAAACUCGAUCUUUCAUUCUGCAGUAUAACAGAGGAAGGAUAUGCUGCUCUGGCUUCAGCUCUGAAAUCAAACCCCUUAUCACACCUGAUAGAGCUGGAUCUCAGAGGGAACGAUCCUGGAGAUACAGGAGUGAAGAAGCUUACUGAUCUACUGGAGGAUCCAAACUGUAAACUGAAGACACUGAGGUUGUUGAAAAGUUUUGCUGCAGAGGAAGCCUGCGGUUUUCUGACUAAAGCUUUAGGAACAAACCCCUUACUGCUGAGAGAGUUGGAUUUGAGUGGGAAAACUCAAGGAGUGAAUAAGAUCUGUGAUGUACUGGAGGAUUCACACUGCAAAACUAGGAAAUUAAAGCUGAAUAAGUGCAGUAUUACAGAGGAAGGCUGUGCUGCUCUGUCAUCAGCUCUUUGUUCAAAUCCUUCACACCUGAUAGAGCUGGAUCUGAGUGAGAAUCAACUAGGAGACUCUGGAGUGAAGAAGAUCUGUGGUGUGCUGGGGAAUACACUAUUCAAACUGUCCAAACUGGCGCUGGGUAACUGCAGUAUUACAGAUGAAGGCUGUGCUGCUCUGGCUUCAGCUUUCAGAACAAAUCCAUUACACCUGAGAGAGCUAAAUCUGAGUGGGAAUAAAGUAGGAAACUUUGGAGUGAAGCACCUCUCUGAAUUACUAAUGAAUUCACAGAGCACUCUGGAAAAACUGCAGAUGAAUAAGUGCAGUAUUACAGAGGAAGGCUGUGCUGCUCUGUCAUCAGCUCUUUGUUCAAAUCCUUCACACCUGAUAGAGCUGGAUCUGAGUGAGAAUCAACUAGGAGACUCUGGAGUGAAGAAGAUCUGUUCUCUACUGAGAAAGUCAAACUGCAAACUCUCAAAAUUAAAUCUUUCAUUCUGCAAUGUAACAGAGGGAGGAUAUACCGCUCUGUCUUCAGCUCUGAAAUCUAACUCCUCAUCACACCUGGUAGAGCUGGAUCUCAGAGGGAACGAUCCUGGACAUAGAGGAGUGAAGAUGCUCACUGAUCUAGUAGAUGAUCCAAACUCUAAACUGAAGACACUGAGGUUGUUAAACAGCUCUACUGCAGAGGAGUUCUGUGAUUCCCUGACUAAAGCUCUAGGAAAGAACGCCUUACUGCUGAGAAAGCUGGAUCUGAGUGGAAAAAUACAAGGAGAUUCAGGAAUGAAGAAGCUCUCUGAUCUACUGGAGGAUUCACACUGCAGAAUUACAAAGCUUUUGCUGACGAGGGGCAGUAUUACAGAGGAAGGCUGUGCUGCUCUGGCAUCAGCUCUUUGUUCAAAUCCUUCACACCUGAUAGAGCUGGAUCUGAGUGAGAAUCAACUAGGAGACUCUGGAGUGAAAAAGAUCUGUUCUCUACUGAAGAAUCUGCCCUGCAAACUAAAGAAGCUGAAUCUUUCAUUCUGCAGUUUAACAGAGGAAGGAUAUGUUGCCCUGGCCUCAGCACUGAAAUCAAGCCCCUCACCACCCCUUACAGAGCUGGACCUCAGAGGGAACAAUCCUGGAGAUACAGGAGUGAAGAUACUCACAGAUAUAUUUGGGAAUUCAAGAAAAACCCUGAGACUGCUGAAAAGCAGUGAUGCAGAGGAAGCCUGUACAUUCCUUAAUAAGAGUCUGGGUCAAAACCCUUUACUGCAGAGAGAGUUAAAUCUGAGCAGGACUGAACUAAAAGACAUCAAAGUGAAGCAGCUGUGUGCUCUACUGGAGGAUCCACACUACAGGCUGGAGAAACUCACGCUGGAUAAAUCAGGCAGUAUUACAGAGAGAGACUGUGCUGAUCUGAUUUCUGCCCUGAUCCUAAACCCCUCACACCUGAGAGAGCUGGAUCUAAGUGAGAAUAAGCUACAUGUGUCUGGAGUGCAGAAGCUUUUCCAGCUACUUGUGAAUCCUCGCUGUAAACUGGAGAAACUGAUACUCACUGACUGUAAGAUUCAAGGGGAUGGAUAUGCUGAUCUGACUUCAGCUCUGAAAUCAAACCCCUCAUCACACCUGAUAGAGCUGGAUCUCAGAGGGAAUGAUCCUGGAGAUACAGGAGUGAAGAAUCUCACUGAUCUACUAGGGGAUUCAAACUGUAAACUGAAGACACUGAGGUUGCUGAAAAGUUCUACUGCAGAGGAAGUCUGUGAUUCCCUGACUAAAGUUUUAGGAACAAAGCCCUUACUCCUGAGAGAGCUGGAUCUGAGUGGGAAAAUACAAGGAGACUCAGAAAUGAAGAAGAUCUCUGAUCUACUUAAAGACUCACACUGCAGAACAAAGACACUGAAUCUGAAUAAGUGCAGUAUUACAGAGGAAGGCUGUGCUGCUCUGUCAUCAGCUCUUUGUUCAAACCCUUCACACCUGAUAGAACUGGAUCUGAGUGAUAAUCAACUAGGAGACUCUGGAGUGAAGAAGAUCUGUUCUCUACUGAAUAAUCAGUGCUGUGAACUGCAGAAGCUGAUGAGUUCCAGUUCUUUCACAAAACAAUUCAAAGGCAUUUGUAAUGAUGAGACUAAAGUUAAAGUAAUAAAAGUGUGACUUUUAAAUAAUAGUCUAUUUAAAGCACAAAUGCACUGUAUGAUGUUUUGAUAAUGAAUAUGGUCUCUUUCCAGGCUUUCAUUCUGCAGUAUAACAGAGGAAGGAUAUGCUGCUCUGGCUUCAGCUCUAAAAUCAAAGCCCUCAUCACACCUGAUAGAGCUGGAUCUCAGAGGUAAUGAUCCUGGAGAUACAGGAGUGAAGAAGCUUACUGAUCUACUAGAGGAUUCAAACUGUAAACUGAAGACACUGAGGUUUUUGAGCAGUUUCAUGGCAGAGGAAGUCUGUGAUUCCCUGACUAAGGUUCUAGGAAAGAACCCCUUACUACUGAGACAGCUGGAUCUGAGUGGGACAAUACAAGGAAAUUCAGAACUGAAGAAGCUCUCUGAUCUACUGAAGGAUUUACACUGCAGAACACAAACAGUAAAUCUGAAUAAGUGCAGUAUUACAGAGGAAGGCUGUGCUGCUCUGUCAUCAGCUCUUUGUUCAAAUCCUUCACACCUGAUAGAGCUGGAUCUGAGUGAUAAUCAACUAGGAGACUCUGGAGUGAAGAAGAUCUGUUCUCUACUGAAUAAUCAGUGCUGUGAACUGCAGAAGCUGAAACUUAUAUGCUGCAGUAUAACAGAGGAUGGAUAUGCUGCUCUGGCUUCAGCUCUGAAAUCAAACCCCUUGUCACACCUGAUAGAGCUGGAUCUCAGAGGGAACGAUCCUGGAGAUACAGGAGUGAGGGAGCUCACUGAUUUAAUAGAGGAUUCAAACUGUAAACUGAAGACACUGAGACUGCUGAAAAGUGAUGAUGCAGAGGAAGCCUGUGAAGUUCUUAAUAAGAGUCUGGGUAAAAACCCUUUACUGCAGAGAGAGUUAGAUCUGAGCAGGACUGAACUGAAAGACAUCAAAGUGAAGCAGCUGUGUGCUCUACUGGAGGAUCCACACUACAGAUUGGAGAAAAUUACGUUGCGUGACUACCUUAUUACAGAUGAGGACUGUGCUGCUCUGGCUUCAGCUUUCAAAACAAAUUCAUCACACCUGAGAGAGCUGGAUCUCACUGGGAAUAAAAUAGGAAACUCUGGAGUGAAGCAGAUCUCUGAGUUAUUAACGGAUACGCAGAGCAAUCUGGAAAAACUUAAUCUUUCAUUCUGCAGUGUAACAGAUGGAGGAUUUGCUGCUCUGGCUUCAGCUCUGAAAUCAAACUGCUCAUCACACCUGAUAGAGCUGGAUCUCAGAGGGAACGAUUUUGGACAGAUAGAACUGAAGGAGCUCAUUCAUUUAAUAGAGGAUUCAAACUGUAAGCUGAAGACACUGAGACUGUUAAACAGCUCUACUGCAGAGGAAGUCUGUGAUUCCCUGACUACAGCUCUAGGAAUAAACCCCUUACUGCUGACAGAGCUGGAUCUGAGUGGGAAAAUACAAGGAGAUACAGCACUGAAGAAUAUCUCUGACCUGCUAAAGGAUUCACACUACAGAAUUCAGAAACUGAAGCUGAAUAAGUGCAGUAUUACAGAGGAAGGCUGUGCUGCUCUGUCAUCAGCUCUUUGUUCAAAUCCUUCACACCUGAUAGAGCUGGAUCUGAGUGAGAAUCAACUAGGAAACUCUGGAGUGAAUAAGAUCUGUUCUCUACUGAACAAUCAGUGCUGUGAACUGCAGAAGCUGAAUCUUUCAUUCUGCAGUAUAACAGAGGAAGGAUAUGCUGCUCUGGGUUCAGCUCUAAAAUCAAAGCCCUCAUCACACCUGAUAGAGCUGGAUCUCAGAGGUAAUGAUCCUGGAGAUACAGGAGUGAAGGAGCUCACAGACAUAUUCAUGAAUUCAAAGAAAACACUGAGACUGCUGAACAGUGAUGAUGCAGAGGAAGCCUGGAAACGUCUUAAUGAGAUUCUGGGUAGAAACCCCUUACUGCAGAGAGAGUUAGAUCUGAGCAUGAAAGUACCAAAUGACAUUCAAGUGAAACAGCUCUGUGCUCUACUCCAGGAUCCACACUACAGACUGGAAAAACUUAAGCUGUCUAAAUCAGGCAGUGUUAAAGGUGAUCACUGUGCUGAUCUGGUUUCUGCUCUGAUCGUAAACCCCUCACACCUGAGAGAGCUGGAUCUGAAUGAGAAUAAACUAAACAAGUCAGGAGUGGAGAAGCUCUGCAUUCUACUGAAGAAUCCUGACUGUAAACUGGAGAAACUGAAGAUUAAAAAGGGCAGUAUAGAAGAGGAAGGCUGUGCUGCUCUGGCUUCAGCUUUAACCUCAAACCCUUCAUACCUGAGAGAGCUGGAUCUGUACAAGAACAAACUUGGAAAGUCAGGAGUGGAGAAUCUCUGCAACCUACUGAAGAAUCCUCACUGUAAACUGGAGAAUCUGAAACUAGUUGAGAGUUUACCAGAUAAAUCCUGUGCAGCUCUGGUUUCAGCUCUUUGUGGAAAUCCAUCAUAUAUCAGAGAUCUGAACCUGAACAAGAAUAAACUAGACGAGUCAGGAGUGGAGAAUCUCUGCAACCUACUGAAGAAUCCUCACUGUAAACUGGAGAAACUGAAACUAGUUGAGAUUUUACCAGAUAAAUCCUGUGCAGCUCUGGUUUCAGCUCUUUGUGGAAAUCCAUCAUAUAUCAGAGAUCUGAACCUGAACAAGAAUAAACUAGACGAGUCAGGACUGAAAGAGCUCUGCAACCUACUGAAGAAUCCUCACUGUAAACUGGAGAAACUGAAACUAGCCAACACUAUGACAGACAAAUCCUGUGCAGCUCUGGUUUCAGCUCUUUGUGAAAAUCCAUCAUAUAUCAGAAAUCUGGAUCUGACUGAUAAUAAACUGGGAGAUUCAGGAAUGAAGAAGCUCUGUGAUCUACUGAAGAAUCAGGACUGUAAAUUACAGAAGCUACUGAUUAAGAAUUGCAGUAUAGGGGAUAAAGACUAUGCUGCUCUCGCUUCAGCUGUGAGUUCACAUCACUUACAACUGAAACUUCUGGAUCUACGUGGGAAUAAACUAGGAGAGUCAGUGAUGAAGCAGCUUUCUGAGAUAAUGAUGAAAUCACAAUGCAGUCUACAAUUGGAUGCUCCAAAGGGUUGGUUAUCUUGGCUCCCUUCAUUUAACUGGAACGAAGUGGAAACAGAAGAAUCAUCAGAAGAUGAGGAAGCACAUCAUAUGACUGCAGAGGUUCAUACUGAAGUGGAUCGGGAUAAACAAAUAACAGAGGAGAGUUCAGAAGAUCAGAAUAAAAUUGAUCGAGAUGACCAGAAAACGGAGAAAAGAUCAGACGGUCCAAAUAAAAUGGAUGAGAAGAAAAUGGAAAACAGCUCAGACAAGAAGCAUGACAAGACCACAAAGGAGAACUUGGACAGUCCGAGUAAAACAGAUUGAGUCAAUGUCUCAUCAGAUGACCAUCACUGUGACCAUUAUACCAGACAUAUGGCCAUUAAAAGGUCUAUCACAAAGAUCGGAAACUCGUCUAUCACCCUUUAGUGCAGUGGUGAAAAGUUAGGAAGGAUGAGAUUCUGAGUUGAUUCAAAUUCAGUUUAGUUUCACAGGAUAACCGGUAACACUUUAUUUUAAGGAACACACAUUGGUGGCUUAUUAAGGUCUUAUUAUUUGUUCAAUAAAGCCUGAAUUAGGCACUUCUAAAUAGUUUAUUCACUAUGUAUUAAUCUUUAUUCAUUAUGAUCUGUAUUAGCACAUAAUUAGAGAUCUGUUACAUGAAAAUCAUAAAUAAUUGCCUUAUUAGUCAUUAUAACUCACAAUAAGCAAUUUCUUCGUGCCUUAUUAUGCUGAAUUACUGAGCAUGAAUUAUCACCUAUAUUAUCAUCUUAUUAGUGUACAAUUGGCAGAAUGUGAUUUCUACAGGUUCUGGAUAGCAUCAAUGCAUCACUGGAGUUUAUUUCUUCUUUAGAGCUAAUAAGAGUUUAAUAAGUCACUAAUGCUUCAGGAUUUGUUCCAUAUUCUAAAGUGAAGUUAUGAUCAGCACUAAUUAAAGGCUAAAAAGUGCUAAAUAGAGUUUCAAUAAGUCAAUUUGUUCAAUUUAUUUACUUUUAGUUGUUAAAAUGUUCAAAACUAGUUUCAGGCUUCAGAGCUUGCAUGUUGUGUAUAAUAGAUGUUUCAGGUGCUACAGUGUAAAAUAGAGUAAAAAAUGCCAAAGCAAACACUGUUAACUGAACUUAAUUUUACUAAAGACAACCUAUUACAGUUGGAAUGACAAAUUACUGCAAUAACAAAUCAAUAUCAGAAUUCAUUCAUUUGACAAUGUACAUAACAUUCCAUGUUAUUUUGAUGCUACUCCACAAAAUGCACCACUAAAGAACUAGAAUCUUACACAGGAUAUUUUUUUCUUAUGUCAUGUAAAAGCAUGCCAAGAGGACCUUCCCUCUGCUUAUUUCCCCUCCAGUAGGUCCAUUCUAUUAAAUCCAAAUGUUCCUUCAGUGAUAUUUCAGAUCUGUUGCCUCGUAGCCUCCAUACAGUGGAUUUGCAAAUGCCCCACAUCCGCUCAAUGUUUUGAGUAUGUGCCCCUGUCGUAGGCUCAACAAAAGAUUCUUCAUGAUUGACUAUGAGAUGAAGAUAACCCUCAUUAGAAAGACAGCGAUAUGAUCUCCACCCGUCUGAUAUUACUGUGCUCCCACGCCUCACGUAGUUCUUCAGGAUGGGCAUUAGGUGUCUUUCGGAUCUACGCUUCACAACGCGCAACACUGGUCUCCGCUCAUGAGCUUCAACACCCAGCAUCCCAAACACCCAUGACUUUCGGUUACUGCUUCUUCCCUGGCUGUACUGAAAUGUAAAAGACAAAAAUUUGAUGUAGAAAUAUUUCUUUUUCAUUUUAGUCCAAACAUUGCUGUAAAAUGACAAAAUGUUAAGCACAGAUAAUACUUUGUUGUAAUAUCUUUCACAAUAUAAAAAAAAGUGUAAUGCAAAAUUUGGCCCCAUACUGUGUGUUGCAAAAUAAAAUGAUGACAUGACUAAAAUUAA